AUGGAUUCGUCUUUGCAAAAACUGCUCAAGGAAGAAGGGUUUGAGAGAGGGAAGAAAAUCAGGAUUAAAAACAGAAGCAGUGCAAACCCAGACGAGUCUAUAGCACUGCCUAUAUACAUCUGCCAUGAUCGGAAAAGCUUGGGAAAUUCGAAGCUCAAGGCCGAGGAGACCAUUACCCGAAAUGAGUCCUCUGUGUUUUCUUCUAGAAGGGUAUCGAAUUCGGAUAGGCCGAAAGCCAAGCCACUGAUAAACGAUAGUGGUAGUGGUACUCCAAGGAGAGAUGAGCCUGCAAUCGAUGAAGUCGCCGUUAGAGCAGUGAUAUCGGUUCUCGGUGGCUACACCGGUAGGUACAUUAAAGACGAGAGUUUCAGGGAGAUGAUCAAAGAAAAAUGCAACUCUUGCUUAGCAAGGAGAAAAGCCGGCACCGAUGAUGAGAUUUUUGAGAAUAUGAAACUUGGUAUUGAGAGCAUCGACAACUUAGUACAAAAUCCGGGUAACAAAAAGGAACUUAGAGUGAAAUCGUUGAGGAAUUCGAUCAAGCUUUUGAGCAUUGUUGCUUCCUUGAAUUCUAAGAAAUCGAGGAAUGGUUUAACUUGCGGUGUUCCCAAUUCGCAUCUCUCUGCAUGUGCUCAGCUGUACUUAUCUAUAAUUUACAAGCUGGAGAAGAACCAUAGCAUUUCGGCCAGGCAUUUGCUUCAAGUUUUUGUUGAUUCGGCUUUCCUAGCGAGAACCCACCUGCUUCCUGAUCUAUGGGAACAUUUGUUCCUUCCCCAUCUUCUUCACCUUAAGGUUUGGUACCACCGAGAACUCGAACUUCUCUCUAACUUUGAUCAUGGCGAGAAAGAGAAGAGAAUGAAAGCUUUAUGCAAGCUCUACAAUGACCAAAUGGACAUGGGAACAGGUAAGUUCGCUAUGUACUAUAAAGAGUGGCUUAAAAUUGGGGCUCUAGCCCCAGCUGUUCCUUCGGUGCCUUUGCCACCAAGUCCCUGUUCCGGACCAUCAAGAAGGCGAUCAUCUGAUUCUUUUGCUUCGCGUUCUUCAAUCAACAAAAACUUGUAUCGAACUGUGUUUGGCACGACAAAUGAGUUGAAAUUAAAGGUCAGAGCAUCAAUCGACAUAUGUCACCUUGAGGCAGAAGAAAAUGAACGCACCGAUGAAGAAGACUACAAUGGUUGCAAUUAUGUUCAUGUGGAAGUUCAUCAAGCCAGAUUCCUCGAACUCCAAAAACUGAAUUAUGGCCAGACACAUAAAUCAGAUCAUUUCCGGCUGUUUACCUGCCAGAGCGCACCAAGAGAAUGCUCGGUAAAUGGUAAAAAUGUUGUCAGACAUAAUUCAAUGAGAAGUAAGGAAUAUGUUCAUCUUCUUUUGAGUGACCUACGUAAAUCCGUUGCUACUAUUUGCUCCUCGUAUAGUCUAACUGAGUGUGAAAUCGCAAUCCGGGUAAUGACCAAAGCAUGGUUGGAAUCACAUGGUGAUCCCGCCAUAGAAGCUGCAGUAGCAAAGGCUCCUGUUGUCGAGGGAAUCCUCGAGGUCUUGUUUGCUUCCACUGAGGAUGAAAUUCUCGAAUUAGCAAUAUCGAUUUUAGCAGAAUUUGUAGCUAGGGAUGAGGUGAAUAGGCAGAUAAUACUUAACUCAGAUCCACAGCUUGAGAUCUUCUUAAGACUGUUGAGAAAUAGUAGUCUAUUUUUAAAAGCUGCCGUGCUCCUUUACUUGUUAAAGCCAAAGGCAAAACAGAUGAUAUCGACAGAGUGGGUUCCGCUUGUUCUUCGAGUUUUAGAGUUCGGAGAGCCGUUGCAGACUUUAUUUACAGUAAGAUGCAGUCCCCAAGUGGCAGCAUUUUACUUCCUAGACCAACUUUUAACAGGUUUUAAUGAAGAUAGGAACUUAGAGAAUGCGAGUCAAGUGGUUUCUCUUGGGGGAUUGAGCCUUCUAAUAAGAAAUGUUGAGAUUGGAGAUGUUCCUGAGAGGCAGAAUGCUGCCAUGAUCAUAUCCUGCUGCAUUCGAGCCGAUGGGACUUGUCGGAACUACAUAGCUGAUAAAUUGAACAAGGCAUCUCUAAUAGAACUUAUCGUAGGGAACCAUAACCGUAAGGAUUCUAAUGGAUCUAAUGGAUCUGUUAUUGCCUUGCUAACUGAGCUGCUCUGCCUAAACAGAAGAACACGGAUAAUCAAAUUCUUAAAUGAUCUGCUGAAUGGAUUGGGUGGCUUGAAUACCAAGCACAUUUUAUUGGCAUAUCUACAGAAAUCUCGACCCGAAGAACGCCCCUUGGUUGCAGUCAUCUUAUUACAGCUUGACAUUCUGGGAGAUCCUUUAAGGCUCAGUGUUUACAGAGAAGAAGCACUUGAGUCCAUUGUAGAUGCUUUAGAUUGUGAAAAGUGUAACCACAAAAUUCAAGAACAAUCUGCCAGAGCUCUUUUGAUGUUGGGAGGCUGUUUUUCUUACAAUGGAGAGGCAACAACAGAAAACUGGCUUUUGGAACAAGUAGGCUUUAAUGAAAACUUAGGGAGCUCAUUUCAAACAAAGGAAAUAGUUGAUGAUAUCUUGCAUGAAGAGAAGGAAGCCAUAGAAGGAUGGCAGAGAAGAGCAGCAAUUGCCUUGCUAACCAGUGGCAACAAGAGAUUCUUGAUCGCACUUUCGAAUUCUAUGGCCAAGGGCAUUCCUAGUUUAGCUCGAGCAAGCCUCUUAACUGUUGCCUGGAUGAGCAACUUUCUCCACCUAGUUCCAGAUAAAGAUUUCCAUUCCAUGGCAUGCUCAAUACUUGUGCCUCAGUUACUUGAAUCCUCAAAUUACAACAGAGCGGUUGAGGAAACGGUGCUUGUUUCUAUCACAUUGCAGAAGCUCAUAAAAAGUUCAGAAUACGUUUCUAUCUUUUCAUAAUUGGAUGCGACAUAGAUAAAUCAUCUUGGCAAUCAUAGUCCGCAAGGAUGGUUUACGAGCUUCUUCUGAUUCUCACCGACACUGCAAGGAAGCGAU